CUCGAUGGCGCCCGCACCGCGCACCCGCACCGGGCCCGCCGCGGGAGGAGCGACGUUCGCCUUCCCCGGAGAUCCCUCCUCCCGUCCCCCUCGGGUCCUAAAAUGGUGGGUCGGCCGCCCUCCCUCCCCUUCCUUCUCCCCCUGGUCCCGUCCUCCCCCACAACCCCCGCUCCCGGAGCCCGCCCGGCCCCGCGGGGCAGCCGCCCCUCCGUCCGUCCCGGCCCGGGCUCCGCGGGGAUCCGGCGCCAGGCCCGCGCCUCUCCCGGGAAUACGGCAACGGCGAUCCCGGGAAUACAGCAACGCCUCUCCCGGGAAUAUGGCAACGCCGCCCCCGGCGGCCGCCCUUACCUGCGCCGGGCUCACAUCGCGGGGCCGGGGCCGGCAGUGCCCCCCCCGGCGCCCCUCGGCCGCCGCCUCGCCGCCGCCCUGCGCGGGGCCGCAGUUCCAGACUUCCUGUGAUUCUGCAGUAACUGUGUCCCUCUCAGGUUUGGACACAGCACUUGUUUGCUUUGCCUCUGGAGUGCACCUGACCCACCAGCCCAGGUCUCUGGACCAGUUUAGGACUCAGAGGCAGCUGGGGGUUCAAGGAAAAGUGUUGGAUUGUCCUAGGCUUUAUAGGAUUACAAGAUCCCAGGCAGGAUUACAUCCAAGAUCAUCAAAUAAAUCUAAAUCCUUGUGCAAAUCUGAAGCAGAGCCUUCAUGCUGCAGUAAAUUGUUGCCCAGCCCAUGCUGCCUUUCACAUCCAUUUGCAGUGUCUUUGUACAAGUCCUGGAGGUGGAGAUCUCCAAGCUGGAUGUGUGAUAGUGUAGUGCCCCCUCAUGGGAAGGUGUUCCUGAUGCUGAUUCCUGACUGCAUCCAGGGGCUGGUUUCCUGCUGAGGUGCUUUCACUGAUCUGAGUAAGGAAGGGGUGAAUCCUGGCUCCAGCUCUUCUCACUGGGAGCAGACAGAUCAGGCUUUUUCCUGGGAUCAACCAGUGGAUUCUGAGUCAGUUUGUCUUCUGGAAGGGAUGUGUGGAAUAGAAACAGUGAAGUCGUAAGACCAGAGAAGACAGAAGCCCAGAGGGGGAAAAGGUACUGAUGACAAAUUCCCCUGCAGGCUCAGACAUUAAUCCUCUGGAAAAGUGAGUGUCAGGAGCCUGGUUAUGGAGCCAUGGGGCCAUUUAUGGACAGCCUUUGCUGGAGCUGCACACAGAGCUGCACUGACACCACAAACAGAGCUCAGGAGGAAGUGACCACAAUUACACACAGAAGAGGAGAUGAGGCUUUUGGAAGUAAAGAAGGUGGAACCAGAGCUCCAAUGGGAUGAGCAGAGUAGUAAAACCUGGCAGCUCCACUCCUCAGAGGUACUUAGCAAGAGAUAAGCACUAAUUCCAGCUAUGUGACGUCCACUUGGAAGAGAUGCCUAAACUGAGCCUCUUCUGAGGAUACUCCUUGUGUGCAAAAAAGGGCACAUUUCUGUUCAAUGCCUUUGUUCUGUUUUCUCUUAACUCCCUGCUGCUCCCCCCAGGCUCCUGUUUGAUGGCAUGGAUUGCAUGGUGGCAUUACCAACUUGAGGAAUCCCGAGAUGUUUGUUACCACCUGCCAACACUGCAAUUUUCCCUCACUUGUGCCAGCCUUGCUGUUUGUGGAGGUGUGCUGAGCACUGGGUCAGGGAAGCAAUCCAAAUUAAAAAUAACCCAGUGCCAUGGCUGGGGGUGGCAAGAGCUUUAGCCCUCCAGGAUAAUCUGCAGUCACAAAUCAGCAAGAGCUGCUUGCCAUUUCAGAUGCCAUGAAAGCCCAGCCUCAGAGAUACCUAUUUAAUACAAGGAAUAUGGAUCUUCCAGCGAGUGAAGGAGCCUGGGGAAUGAGGAGGCAGGAAUCCUUUGCCCAUGUUCAUAAGGGACACAAGAGCAAACCUCAGUGUGCCCAGAUGGCAGCACAAAACAUCUUCACACAGGCUUUGUUUCAGCAGUCCUUCACAUGAUGCUUUUGGAACAAAAGUUAGUGGCAGUGUGUGCCAUUCCACUGAUGGAUGUUCUUUAUUCUCUGGAUUAGGGAGAAAGCUACAUGGAUUUUUAAGGGUACUGCAAAUAUGGGGGCUGUGCUAUCACCAAGAAAGGGAAUAAAAGAGCCUUCUUCACAGACAGCUUCAUGGUACAGAGUGAAGUAACAAUUCGUGGAUGCAUUCCAGAAGAGGAUGUAUUCCUUUUCUCCACUCUAGAGAAACAAUGCCACUGCUGUAAUGCACCAGCACUAACAUUCAUGAUCACACCAGCAGUGACAUCACUGUCACCUACUGACAGACUUGGAGGAAGCAUCUGUAAUUAGUCAUUCUCUCUUGUAUUCCAAGCCAUGUCUGGUUUUCUUCUGGCAUCUCUCUUCAGUUCAUGGUUCAUGGCUCCUGGGUUGAGUUUUUUUAAGUACCAGUCAUUUCCUUUUUCUUUCCCUCCUGCUUCUGACUUGGCACUUCAGCUCUGCUCUCCCCAGGAAUGUUCCUGCUGGGAGGUGACUGACUUGAGCACUGAUGGCAAAGGUGGUGAAUCCAGAGACUCAGAGCCUGAGGAGUUUCAGGUUCUUCUCAGGUUACAUUUCUAGAGAAAGGAACUCACUUUGUCUCCACAUGCAUUCGUGGCUCUGGUCACAGCGAGGAGGAAGAUGCAGGUGAAACUCACACUCACAUCGGCAGCUGCAUCCCAAAUUAGCCAAAGGAAAGCAAGUGCCUGAAGCUUAGGGCAGGAUGUGGCUGCCCUGAGGCAAACCCUGAGUGCUUUCACAGCAAGCCCUGUCCUCAGGACAGCCCUGACAGGUAACAUCAAGGCUGACCAUGCCAGGGAACUUGGAUUCAAGGGUCAAGACCAAAUACCAUCAUGUUUUACUGUCUUCUUUCACCUCUCUAAAAAUAUAAGGAGUUGUGUUCAUUGAUCUUAAUUCUUCCUUCUCUAGACACAGGGAAAAUGUUCAGUUUCAGCCCCUUGAUUCCUGCAUUCCCAUUGCUGCUUCCCUUCUCCCAAUAAUUUUAAAAUACCUUUUUUUUUGGUAAAGCAUCUUGUGGUUCCUGUUUUACCCUACGUUCCCAUAA